GCCGGCAACUCAACCUCACGCCGAAGUACGAUCUAAGCGCGGGAUAAGCUACGAAUCUUGCUAAUUCGUGACACUGACCUCAAUUAAGUUAGAUAUCUUUAUGACUCCAUUCCGGUGACAGGGAUCAACAGGCUCACCGAUCCUUAAGUGCCUUUUAUCGGCAAAAAUCGCGUACGUUCCGCCGAAGUUGAGGAUGCAGCGCGCUAUCAACGCGAUCGCUUUCUUUAAAGAUUUGCCUUAUUGUCAGUCGUUUAUACACAAGGUGAAGCUGAUUUCCUGUAAGGACCAAGUGGCCCAAUUUGAAUUGCAACUUGAAAAGCCACACUGCAACCUGAACAACUCACUCCAUGGGGGCAUGGCCACCGUCCUGAUUGACCUGUAUACCUGCGCACUACUGAAGACGGCCUAUGAGAAAAACGUGCUGUUCUCCACCACCGAACUGAAGGCAAGGUUUCUUGGUGCUGCCAAACUGGGAGACACCAUCCUGAUGGAGGCACGAAUCACCCGUGCUGGACGCACAGUGGCCUUUGCUGAAAUGGACAUUCUCGACAAGACCACCAAGAAGAUAUUGGUUCAAGGGACACAGACUGCACUAGUCGUUCCCCAAGAGUAGCAGUGUCGACAGUAUUGGUUUUUCACGACCAUUUCAAGCAAAUUCCAUGACCGGUACGUCUGCUUGGAAGAAACUGCGCACUGGAAACACACUCAUGAGUGAUAAAAACAAAUUAUGAGGUGCUCGUAUAAAAUGGAAACCAUGCUGCUUUAUUGCGUUAUUUUGGCUGAAAGCAUCCUUUACAAUGAAUAAAAUAUUAAAAGAUACAAUAAUUGU